GAGAGAGAGAGAGAGAGAGGAACCCUGCAGCGGUAGAGAGAUGACAAGGCCUGAAAUUCAGGUCCAACAGUCUCACCGAGCUAGGGUUCGACCACCGACUCGAGCUCCACCUCCAGCUCGAAGCAAGGUGCCGUUAAAACGGUUGUUCCGGGUGGCCUCGGUGGCUUGCGGAAUUCAGUUCGGAUGGGCACUGCAGUUGUCUCUGCUCACGCCUUACGUGCAGGAGCUUGGUAUCCCUCACGCUUGGGCUAGCUUGGUCUGGCUAUGUGGGCCGCUGUCCGGGUUACUGGUCCAGCCCCUGGUCGGCCACAUGAGUGACCGUUGCACGAGUCGUUUCGGUCGACGUAGGCCUUUCAUCAUUAUCGGAGCCACUUCGAUUGUCGUCGCUGUUCUGAUUAUCGGGCAUGCAGCCGACAUCGGUCGAUUACUCGGCGACUCCAAGGAGUCAAGGCCGAGGGCCAUUUUUACUUUUGUUUUGGGGUUUUGGCUUCUCGACGUCGCCAACAACGUAACUCAAGGACCUUGCAGAGCUCUCCUCGCAGACCUCACCGGGAAGGAUCAGAGGAGGGCUCGCAUAGCAAAUGCAUAUUACUCGCUGUUCAUGGCUGUUGGCAAUGUCCUUGGCUUUGCGACUGGGUCCUAUAGUGGCUGGUUCACCAUUUUCCCCUUCACAGUCACCUCUGCAUGCGGUGUUAACUGUGCCAAUCUUAAAUGUGCUUUUUUUAUUGCCAUUGCUUUUAUUGUGUUCACCACAUAUGUGAGCAUCUCUGCAGCCCCAGAACUGCCUCUAAGUUCUAGCAAUAGAUUUGCACACUCUGCUGAUGAAAGGCCAAAUGAGUCUUACCAUGCCCAAGAAGCUUUUCUUUGGGAAUUGUUUGGAACUUUUAGGUACCUUACAAGGCCUAUUUGGAUAAUCCUGAUUGUUACUGCUCUCACAUGGAUUGGAUGGUUUCCAUUUCUUCUCUUUGAUACUGAUUGGAUGGGCAGAGAGAUUUACAGAGGGAAGCCAAAUGAAGGAAAAAAUUAUCAUAUUGGAGUUAGAAUGGGUUCAUUUGGACUAAUGUUAAAUUCUGUUGUUCUGGGAUUGACUUCUGUUGUCAUGGAGAAACUCUGCAAGAAGUGGGGAGCUGGCCUUGUUUGGGGGAUUUCAAAUAUUCUAAUGUCUAUUUGUUUCAUAACAAUGUUCAUUAUUUCUCAUUUGGCGGCCAAUAUAGAGUUCACCGGAGAUGAUCUUCCACCUAGAGGCAUUGUAAUUGCUGCACUCGUUGUUUUUACAGUUCUUGGUGCUCCAUUAGCCGUUACAUACAGUGUUCCUUAUGCUAUGAUUGCUACACGUAUAGAGUCUUUGGGACUUGGGCAAGGCUUAUCAAUGGGUAUUCUGAACAUAGCUAUUGUGAUCCCACAGGUAGUGGUAUCCCUGGGAAGUGGACCAUUGGAUCAGCUGUUUGGCGGUGGGAACUCACCAUCCUUUGCUGUGGCAGCGGUUGCAGCUUUUGCAAGUGGACUUAUAGCCAUAUUGGCUCUUCCUCGAUCGUAUGUACAGAAGCAUAGGGUCAUAGUAUAAGGUAUUAUUUUGUAUUGCUUUCUUGUAAUUGCUAUUCUCAUUAAUACGAUUAGCAGAACUGUACAGAUAGUGGUAAAAGUUGUGAAUAGUAUUAUGUCAUCUAUUAAUGAAUAAAGUAUUUCAUUUCUCUGGAUUCC